AUGUCUACCGAAACUGACUCACGUGCUCCAAUUUGCGCGAUGUUCAUAUCCAAGUUCGAUGUUCACACGGGCUUCGCCUUGGAGUGGAGCCAGGUGCUGACAGGCUCGUCAGUCUCUCUCAAGAACCUCGAAUACAAAUCGCUACCUAGCGGCUUACACAAUGUUGAGAAAGAUGUGAUUGCAUUUGUGCAACCGCGGAACUCGGAAGAUGCCCUGGGACAGGACAGCAUAUUGUACGGACUAUCGGUGUUCAGACAGAAUCUGGGGGUGGAGGCAGCAUCCAGAGAGGACAUAAAAAUGUACUCUUUGGGUGUUUUGAUUGAUCCCAAGCACCUGAUGCAAGGUGUUAUACCUAAAUGGAGACCCACCAUAUACAGCAGCACGUGGCUGUACGCUCGAGAUCUGGAGAAGCUUUUGAAGCACUGGAUGUCUCUGGAGGAUUACAGCAAUUUCGCCAUGUUUGACAAAUUCUUUGAGGAGCACAAGCUCAAGAACAAUCUGAAUAAUGCCUUUAGACACAUAGUGAAGUCGGUGAACCAGGCAAGGAAAGUGGGGAUAGACGAGCCGAUAUUGAACCAGAAGGCAUCUGAUGGAUCGCUGGCAUCCACGGACUCGUCCAUUUCAAAGUCUUCCAACCACAUGCUACUGUUUCUGUCUAGCUUGGUGGAUAAUUUGGGUCCGUUGAUUUUUCAGGUAUGGAAACUGGCGCUGCUGAGGAAGAAAAUCUUGAUCAGUAAUACCCAUAUGGCCAUCGAGGACACUUGUGCCUACAACUACUGCAUCUCCAUUCUCUCGAGCAUACCAGUGGAUAUAUCAAUGGAGAUCAAGAAAUGUGGGUCUCAGUCUUUUGAGCGACUGGAGUUCCUUCAGCCGUUGUACAGUGUUGGAAUUAACGAUAUGACGACUCUGGAGGGCUUUACCGGGGGAUAUGUAGCCAACACCUCUGAUUCUAUCUUAUUUGACAAGAAGAAGUUAUAUGACGUUUCUGUGGAACUGAGGGACCCCAGUAAUGAGGAGAGUAUACCAAAAAUUGGGGAUAACAUCAAGGCCACCCAGAGAGACUACAAGAAGUUUUUGGUGCUUUCUGAGCUAAUAUCUGGAGAUAAACAUGAUUCCAGUUCACCUGAUUGGGUCCAUAAAGUCACAGAACAGACAUCGUUGAGGGAAUUUGCAUGGCUUGGAUUUUCGUGGUGGGCUACUGCCGGGGAGAACUCCAAGAGAGACGAUGAACUUAGUCUGGAGCGCGAACUGGUGUCCAAGAACUUCAAUGAUUACUCUGGUCAACCUGGCGAUUACCCGGAAGAUAUUGACCGUGUUUUGGGAACGGUGGGAUAUUUCCAAGAUCUGACGAUCAAAAUUUUCAGCAUGCUGAUUGACCUGAUCAAUAAUCAUAACGAAGACUUCAAGAGCCCGGAUUACGACGACGAAGACGAUGAUCAGACUCGCCUGGUUGAAAACAACGAUGAUGACAAGAUCAUCUGGAUAAGUCCAAAUGACAUAGCGGAGAUGGGGCUUGAUCCAUACAGCUCAUUUGAUGCGCAAUUUGUGGUCGAGUUAGUGGAGGUCUGGUUCAACAGACGUGCUAGGAUAGGCUCUUAUUUGGGCAAUUUUUGUUGUUUUUGA